CGGUGCUCAGCUUAGACCAAACCAACCACAAAAAGACAGCAGCAGAGGAUCUGAGAAUAAAGGCAAAAUGGAGGAUGCAGACAGUUUUGACGACUUGUUCAUCGAAUAUGAUUUUGACAGUGUAAUUGAGACAUACAACUGGCUCUAUGAAUAUUUUAACUACACUGAGGACAACAUCACCAUAAAUGUGGAAAACUCAUUCCAACACAAACCAGCUUGCAGCGAAGAAGGCAUGUGUGUGUCUCUGGCUGUAAUCUAUGUGGUAAUUUACCUGCUGGGCUUUUUUGGGAACAUGCUGGUCAUUUGGAUCUCUGGCUUUAAGAUGAGGAAGACAGUGAACACCACUUGGUACCUGAGCCUUGCAAUCUCUGACUUCCUCUUUUGUGUCUUCCUGCCAUUUAACAUUGCCAACUUAGUGAUGAAAGAGUGGAUCUUCGGUCUCUUCAUGUGCAAGUUUACAUCUUCUGCAUUAUUCAUUAACAUGUUCAGCAGCAUCUUCCUCCUCGUCGUCAUAAGCGUGGACCGCUGUGUGUCUGUAAUGUUUCCAGUUUGGGCACAAAACCACAGAUCUGUUCAAAAGGCAUCAGCUGUGGUUGUGUUUUCUUGGCUUCUUGCAAUCAGAUUUAGCGUCCCCUCCAUGAUUUAUCGGGAUGUACAUGUUGGGAGUGAUGGCAGGCACACUUGCAGCAACAAUUACACCUCAAAACAAAAUCACCAGGCUGUUGCCUUUACCCGUCUCAUUGCAGGUUUUGUGGUUCCUUUUAUCAUAAUUAUCAUCUGUUAUUCCAUCAUUAUCCUCAAACUCAAAAACAACAGGAUGACAAAAUCCUCCAAACCCUUCAAAGUAAUGACAAUGCUCAUUGCUGCAUUUUUCGUCUGCUGGCUGCCGUAUCACAUUUUUGUCUUACUUGAGCUGAACCCUCAAAACCACGACUUCUAUAUUUUAACCGCUGGACUCCAAAUGGGCUCAAUUUUAGCAUCAGCUAACAGCUUCCUUAACCCAUUGCUCUACGUCUUCAUGGGAAACGACUUCAAGCAGAAGUUCAAGAGCUCUGUACUCUCCAAGAUGGAGAAUGCAAUGGUCGAUGAAGGCCGCACCACCAGCCGGUACCUGUCCAGGUCCAGCUCCAUGGACGGCAGAGCUUCUACACACAUUUAGAGGCAUUAGCUUACUGUUGAAGUGAUCAUUUAGUGGGUUUAAAUGGAAAAAAAAAUGCUCUUCAAAAAUGUGAUUUUACAAGGUGGAGUUUUCCUGAAUUACAUCAUAAAAUACAAUGAUUUCAAAGGAUAUAUAUGUAAAUGUUUUAGUUGUUAAAUAAAGUCAAGACUUGUACAAAUCCAUGGUAUUUUUAUAUAAAAAUACGAUUAAUGCACUUUCACCAGAGCCAGCAUGAUUUUUAUCUGCCUUCACACAUGUGGCCAAGCAUCACAUCUACCAAUGUCAGCUAUUUGAAAUUAGCAGAAACAUUAAAUAUCUCUGCAAGUAUCUUAUUUUCCUGUUGUGCAGCUUUUGAAGGUGGAUAUUGGAUCUAGAUUGAUUUACUGACACACAAAACCAAACAUCCAAUAUACAAAUGUAUUUUUGUCUCUUAAAUAUUCUGAGCCACUUUUACCAUGUUAUAUGGUGUUAGAUGAGUUAAGGUCACUCUGCACUCUUUCUGAAUGGUUGUCAAUAGUGUUAACAAUACGAGUUAUACAAGUGAUGUUUAUAUGAGCUUUCAAUGUCAUUAGUUUAAUAAAAGGUUCCCCUUUUUCUCC